GCUUCUGGGCUGGACUUUGGCUCUUAGCAUUUGCAUGUGGCGACGUCUUUUUUCAAAUAAGAUCUCUGGCUCUUUUGCGUAAGCGCGCUUUCAGGUCCCGAAACGGACAAGAAGCAUGCGUGCGCUGGCCGUUCUGGGCCGACGCUGGUUCUCUCAAGCAAUUCAUCGAACACUUUCUAUCAGUUGUCCGCCUCUCUACCAAAUUCCUUGCAAUUUCGAUUUUCUCUGUACCUACACUAGCAAUUGUUCGCCCGAGAAGAAGAUAUUAGAACCGGGAGAAGAACAAGAAGCACCCAAGAGCUUAUCUUUGAGAAUUGAGAAGCUUGCUAGAGGAGAAUCGGUUGGUUUAGCCUUUCAAAGCUGGAUGCGCGAAGGCUUUCCAAUUCAUCGAGGUGACAUUUUUCACGCCAUUAACCGCUUGAGGAAGCUCAAAUUGAACAAACGCGCGCUUGAGGUGAUGGAAUGGGUGAUCAGGGAGAGACCUUAUAAGCCAAAAGAACUUGACUAUUCUUACCUAUUGGAGUUCACAACCAAACUUCAUGGGAUAUCUCACGGGGAAAAGCUCUUCACUUGUAUCCCUUCUGAGUUCCAGAAUGAAUUGCUGUAUAAUAACCUUGUAAUUGCAUGCUUGGAAAAGGGUGUCAUAAGGCUUUCGCUUGACUACAUGAAGAAAAUGAGGGAAUUGGGUCACCCCAUAUCACAUUUGAUUUUCAACCGCCUUAUAAUCCUCCAUUCUUCUCAUGGUCGCAGGAAAAUGAUACCAAAGUUCCUGACUUUAAUGAAGGCAUAUAAGACGGCUCCUCAUGUCUCCACGUACAACAUUCUAAUGAAAAUUGAAGCUAAUGAACACAACAUUGAAGGACUGGUGAAGGUAUUUGACGAAAUGAAGAUAUCAAAAGUGGAGCCAAAUGAUAUAUCUUUCUGCAUAUUAGCUACUGCACAUGCUGUUGCAAGAUUGUAUACAGUGGCUGAGGCGUACGUUGAAGAUGUAGAAAAGUCUUGUACAGGAGAUAACUGGUCAACACUAGAUGUUUUGAUCAUAUUGUAUGGGUAUUUGGGGAAGGGGAAGGAAUUGGAGAGAACAUGGGCCAUGGUGCAAGAACUCUCACAUGUUAGGUCUAAAAGUUACAUGCUUGCAAUUGAAGCAUUUGGUAGAAUUGGGAAGCUCAGUCGAGCGGAAGAGCUUUGGUUAGAGAUGAAGUCGAUAAAAGGGUCGAAAUCAACAGAACCGUUCAAUUCCAUGUUAUCUGUUUAUUGCAAAUAUGGCCUGAUAAAAAAGGCAACUGCAGUUUUCAGGGAAAUGGAGAUAAAUGGAUGCAAACCAAAUGCCAUAACUUUUCGACAUCUUGCUUUGGGUUGCUUGAAGGCUGAACUAGUGGAAGAAGCCUUGAAGACUCUAGAAAUGGGGAUGCACUUGAAAACAAGCAACAAAGUGAAGAAUUCAACCCCAUGGUUGGAAACGACACUUUCAAUUAUUGAAAUUUUUGCGGAGAAGGGUGAUAUAGCUAAUGCUGAGAAGUUCUUUGAAGAAAUAGCGAAAGCAAAGUAUACAAGGUAUACUUUUGUGUACAAUACAUUAAUAAAAGCUUAUGUGAAGGCCAAAGUUUAUGUUCCUAGCCUUUUGAGGAGGAUGAUUUUAGGGGGUGCUAAACCAGAUGCUGAGACUUAUAGCCUGAUAAAACAUAUUGAGCAGUUCCAAACUUGAUUGUGUAAAGAGUUGAUAUGUUAUAUAAAUUUCAUUCAUUUUUCUGAAUGGAAAAUGAUUUCUGGUGUGGUUGCAAGUUAAA